AUGACGACCAGAUACAGGGUUGAAUAUGCCCUCAAGACGCACAGGAGAGACCAGUUCAUAGAAUGGAUCAAGGGUCUUCUGGCUGUUCCCUUUGUUCUCUACUCCCAGCCGACGGGAGUGCUUGAUGCGAACGGCACGAGUCUCGCGCGGACGGCCGAGGAGGCUCACCGUCGGUAUGCCGAGAUCAUGCGUGACGUCGAGCUCAUGAUCGACGACCACAUCACUCUACAGCCAAACAAGGUUCCUUCCAAGCUGACCAUGCUCGUCCCUGGGGUCGGCCCAUUCUUCACACGCCUGCCCCUUGAGGCGGCCUUCAAUCACCAGGAUCGCAAGCGAUACAUAUCAUCUCGGCGCUAUGUGUCCCCAUCCUUCAAUGACGUCCGUCUUGUCCUCAACACGGCCCAGACAAUGGCCGUCACCUCGGGUUCUCUUCAGCUCGCCACCUUUGAUGGAGACGUUACCCUCUACGACGAUGGUCAGUGCCUGGAGCCGUCGAGCCCCCUCGUGCCUCGCCUCCUUGAUCUCCUCCGCCGUGAUGUCAAGAUUGGCAUCGUCACGGCUGCCGGCUACACCACGGCCGACCGUUACCACGAGCGGCUCUACGGUCUCCUCGACGCCGUGGCGGCCUCGACCACCCUGUCGGAGGAGCAGAAGCGCAACGUCGUCAUCAUGGGUGGCGAGGCGAACUACCUCUUCGAGCUGGACCCCACCGUCCCGCACCUGUUGGCGCCCGUGUCCCGCGACCGCUGGCUCACGCCCGAGAUGGCGACCUGGUCCGACGCCGGCAUCGCCGCUCUCCUCGACGUCGCCGAAGCCGCCCUGCGCGACUGCGUCCGCUCCAUGAACCUGCCCGCCACCAUCCUCCGCAAGGACCGCGCCGUCGGCAUCAUCCCGACCGACCCGGCUGUCCGCAUCCCUCGCGAGUCCCUCGAGGAGACGGUCCUCGUCGUGCAGAAGAUUCUCGAGCUCUCCGCCCUCGGGUACGCCGCCGAAGGCGCCGACCGCAGCGCACCCCACCCGCCCGUCGGCGCCCGCAUCCCCUUUUGCGCCUUCAACGGCGGCCGCGACGUCUUUGUCGACAUUGGCGACAAGUCCUGGGGCGUCACCGUUUGCCAGAACUGGUUCGCGUCCCGCGGCGGAGCCGCGGCCGGCGAGCCCAUUCGCGGCGAGAACACGCUGCACGUCGGCGACCAAUUCCUCAGCGCUGGCAGCAACGACUUCAAGGCCCGCAGUGUCGGCACCACGGCCUGGAUCGCGAGCCCGGCGGAGACGGUCGAGCUUCUGGAUGAGCUUGCCGGCAUGAUGGACGGCAAGGCGUGA